UCCUGAGGAUGUCUGGACGUGGCAAAGGUGGAAAGGGUCUGGGUAAAGGUGGUGCCAAGCGCCACCGUAAGGUGCUGCGGGACAACAUCCAGGGCAUCACCAAGCCUGCCAUUCGGCGUCUGGCCCGGCGUGGGGGUGUCAAGCGCAUCUCCGGCCUCAUCUACGAGGAGACCCGCGGGGUGCUCAAGGUCUUCCUGGAGAAUGUGAUCCGGGACGCGGUCACCUACACCGAGCACGCCAAGCGCAAGACGGUCACCGCCAUGGACGUGGUCUACGCUCUCAAGCGCCAGGGGCGCACCCUUUAUGGCUUCGGCGGCUAAGAUAAAAAGCACUUGCAACCUAGU